AUGCGCUUUUAUGAAUGCGGGCACAGUAUUCGUACAUUUCGUCUGUUUACACGAGUUACAACCAAGAAAUGGCCAGCUCAAAAAAGGAGACAAUUGGCAACAGCUGCGCCGCUACAAGUGGAGAAUUAUGAUAUCGCUUGUGGUAUCUCGGGACACAUCACCGUCGAAAUUCACAAUGAGUUUCUCCUUCGCAAUUCGCCCAAAACACCUUUGGUUAUCUACUUACCACCAUACCCGUCUUCUACACUUUCAUCAUUUCAUCCUCCUUCAUGGUUGCUGAAUUCAUAUCCUGUCAUUAACAUACCCUACCGCUGGUCUCAUAGCCCUAAAACAUCAUUUCGCAAACAAAGAUCUCAUGCAUUUCCCAUACCACUUCAUGAUACACUUCAAGCUUAUAGUUGGCUAUUGAAAAGUUACCUACCCUCUCUGUUACCGGAGCCUAAACCUCUAGACUCAACUUGUUUUUACAACAAUCCAAAACCAAUCCAACGACCACUUCUAAUCUAUGGAUCAUACCUUGGCGGUACUCUUGCCACUUCUCUCGCCCUCACAGAAUCAUUCACCUCUUCCUUCUUACCCACUAAGAUCCAUUCUCUCAUAGUGCAUAAUGGAAUUUUUGACUGGACUCCCAUCUCUACCACGCCUGACCCAUCAAUCUUUCACUCUCAAUCCGCAGAUUCAUCGCAAAACCUCUCGUACAAUCGCCUCUCAACAUUAGACUUAUACCAAAGUUCUCCCUGGACAACUUUGACCCUCCACGCCCUCAAAACUCGUCUAUUUUCAUCUCCAUCUCAAACCUUCGAUCCCUUCGCUUCACCUAUUCUCUUCUUUCGCACCUCCGGCAUCUCGGUUCCACAACGAUGGCCCAUUUCUCCUCCUGCUUCCCCAUCUCCCUCAUCCUUUUCACCCACUCAGGCAUCUAGUCCUAAAAGUACAGAUUCUAUAGAAGCCGAUAACUUUUCUCCCUAUCCUGAUCCUCAUUCUCCAUAUCCAGAUCCCUCAAACGAGUAUGCAACCGAAGAAGAAAAAGGAGAAGAAGAAGAGUCGCAAGAAGCCCUCAUCGAAUCCCGGAAAUCAAAUCUCAUCUUCCCACCUACUAAAUCAUCGUUACGGAUACCAAGAUCGUUGUUUACUUACUCCUCUUCUUCGUUUUCCGGAGAGAAAACACAUGGUAUAUCACAAAAAAUAACACAAGAUGAGGGAAAGCUUGAAGAAAAAAAUGAAAGAGAAAAAGAACACGAUAUUUUCAAACAACAAGCUCAACAAUUAACAAAGUUAAUGAGAAGAAGUGUAGUAAUGCAUGAAUUGAAAGAAAGGGUUUUAUGGGAUGAGGAUUGUGAUGCCGAUGAGACUGCGAAGGAGAGAGUUACUGAGAUGGAGGUUGGAGAUGCGGGGUUGGAGAGUGAUACGGUGGUUAGGGAGUGGAUUGAUGAAGGAGGUUUGUGA